GAGCCCAUUAGAGAACGCAAAGGAAAGUGGCAGGACAUCCGGAGGGGGAAAAGUAGCACAUCUGGAUUUAUUUUCGAAGAGGUCUCUUUCAAAACAAGACAAAUGGAGACAGAAGCACCAGCAACCACACCAUCAAUUUUCCCCACCAAUGUUACAAAUAACAGCCAGUGCAAUGAUUCUGAGGCAUGGGACUGGCUGUACACCAUGCAACCCGUGUACAUGUUUGUCAUCUGUGUGCUUGGAAUUGUGGGAAAUGUCUUUGUCCUGUUGGUGUUUUGCCUUCAUAAGAAGGCCUGCACUGUGGCAGAGAUAUACCUUGGUAACCUGGCUGCAGCUGACCUCCUCCUGAUGUGCUGUCUGCCUUUCUGGGCCAUUAAUGUGGCCAACGGCUUUGAGUGGCAGUUCGGUUCCCUGAUGUGUCGCCUGGUUAACACAGGAAUCAAAAUGAACAUGUACUGCAGCAUCUACUUCUUGGUGCUGGUAAGCGUAGAUCGCUUCGUGGCACUGGUGCAUGCCAUGUCCCAUGGCAGGAUGAGGCGGCCCUGGUACGCAAAGCUCAGCUGCUUAGCCAUGUGGAGCUUGGGAGUUCUCCUCAGCAUCCCCACUCUCAACUUCAGGACUGUAGAUUAUGUUCAAGAAUUCAAUGUAACAGCCUGCAUAUUGAAUUACCCUAGCUAUGGGGUGGAAGUGGCUUGUGAUAUUUUGCUCAUUCUGCUGGGCUUCAUCAUCCCAGUGUCCAUCAUAUCCUACUGCACCUGGAAGAUCAUACAGGCCCUUCAGAGGCAGGUAAUGGACAGGUUCAAUGCAGUAAAUACAGAAAGGAAAGCCACAGUGCUAGUGCUGGUCGUUCUUCUGGCUUUUCUGCUCUGCUGGGUUCCUUUCCAUCUGGUGACUGUUCUAGACCUCUUGGUGCGAUUCCACGUACUGAGUGGAUGCACGCUGCAAACGGGCCUGGAUAUCUGUAACCAGAUAUUCACUUACUUAGCCCUAAGCAACAGUGUGCUUAAUCCUAUUCUCUAUGUGAUAGUUGGUAAGAACUUCCGAAAGAAAGUGAAGGAACUCCUGGAGCAAAUGACCCACCAAGGGACAAAACUGAGUGGUUCUACAAGAUCACAUCUGUCAUCAACUCUAAAGACCUUUGCAUGAAGAAUGGUCACAUCAAGGACGUGCUAUUGGAGCUAAUCUGCACUACAGUACAGUACUGAUACUGAAAUACUGAUACUGAGAUCCAGCCAAGCUUAAAAACAGCCUCCACAUGGUGGAGUUAGUUUUAGUGCAGUGUUUCAACUCAGACUCCUAAGUAAACAAUGUGAGAAGGCCACAUCCCCUAUAGUACUACACAAAAGUCAAAUCCAAAAUACACUAUAGAUAUCAGGUAAAUAAAAUAUGUAUCAAUUGUGUUGUGCUAAUAUUAGGUCUCCUACUUUGUGUUCACAAAUGAAUGUUUUCAGCACAGCUUCUUUUCACUAAUCAUAUUUAUGAGCAUGAAAAAUAUUAUGUUUUAAAUGUAAAAAGCUUGUCCAGUUCAAAUGACAUAGAAUAGUGUUUUGCAUUGAUUUAGCAGGCUUUUGUGAUUGUUACAACAAGCCCCUCCACUUGGUAAAAAUAACCCUAAUUUUUAUGAUAAGUUGUAACAUUUUCACUUACUCCACUUUCAGGUGAAUUAUUUACAAACUGUUGGUGCUGGAACAAAGUUCAUGUUUUCAUUUAUAACAAAAAGGUUGCUUGUAUAUAAAAAAGAAUCUUCUCCAAAUACUUUGAAAAUGAUUUAGUAAAAACUAAAUGCAUUAGUUUGAGUCCUGCUCUCGAUAAGUGAUAUUCAGUCACAAUGAAUAUGUUUUGAAGCAUUUUGUGAGGAAUAAAGACAGAAUAAAGAAAAAAAGGUUCUUCAUCUUUCACACAAAAUUAUGUAUUAGAUUAUAUUCCAAAUACUCAGAAUUAUUAUACUGACAAGAUAACAACAACUCAAUGUAAUUAUCACUAAGACAUAAAUAUCACUUUGUAUGUCAGUAUUGUACGUAGUAUGUAUGUUUGGUAAAUAAAUUACAUAAUGUGUGAUUUUUGAUUUCUUUCACUAUGUACUAAAUGGGAUGUGAUGUAAUGAUACAGAUGAAAAAGACACACAAAGCUUUUUGUCAAAGCAAAGUGUGAUUUUCCAGUUACCAUCACUGGUUAUCAGGGCCCAAGAGAACAAAAUUGAACUGUAAAUAUUGUCAGAUUAUGUUGGUGAGAGCACCUAAUGUGGUCUACAGUUGUGAAAUCGGGCUGGUGUUUGAGGCUGUUUCUAAGUGCCCUGUGUAAACAGGAAAAUUAUGUUUAUUCACUCCAAGACACUGAAAUGAUUUUCCAGAAAUUUUAAGAAAAUAUUCAUACUCCACCCAGAUUGAACUGGAGAUGUUGAACGUGUCACACUCUUUCCUAUUGUGACACAAACCAGGUUCUUUUGCUGUGGCUUGUGAAUAACAGCCUCUUAAAUCAUGCGUUUUCCCAAAGCCUGCUGUCUGGCGAGACAUGCUGUCAAAGCAGACGGUGGUGAGUAGCACACCCCCAUGUGACCACAAGUUCCAGGCUUGGCAGUAAACGAGACUUUACCAUUGUGUGUGGGUGGGUACUGAAAGCCUGAAAACAACUUGUAAUCUGUUUCUUUUGCUUUCAAUAAAAACUCCUUUUUCCAUAAA